AUGGCGUCUGUCGUCUACAAUAGCGCUUUUCAGUGCUGCGUACCUAAUCCGUUGACCCCUCGAGGAGAGGGAGAAGUACCCACUCCAGAAGAAGAGUCGUUCGCUUGCAAGAUCAACCGGGCUCUUGCGUCUGGACCCAUAUCUAUCACCAAGAAUGCCACCAUUGCAGACUGGAGCCACUGGGGCCCUGAUCGAAAACUAGUCAUAUUACGUGAGGGAACAAACCACUGGACAGCCUUCCCUGGGAACGAGAACACCGUUGGAAAUGUUCCAAUGUGCGCCGACCCCAUGGGACUCCAAUGGAUCAGAGAUGCUUAUGCCGGCAACCCGGUACCCACAAACACUGCGCCAGGCCUCAUAUACAUGUUAUGUGGAGCAAAUCAGCACACCACCACGACGCCAGAAGACAGAACAAGUCCAGCUAUUCCCAUUGGGCCACACUACAUGAUCCUGUGGCCUUUCGACGCGGAACGUGAUGGGUUCCCCAACACAAUCCGCGAUCAGGGUGCCUGGGUAAUGUUUGAUAAAACGCCGUACGCCCAUUUGCACGUUUGUGGUACCCCCUGGGCAGGGAAGGAGUACGAUAGGGAGACGACCAAGGCAAACUGGGAUUUACGUUACGUGGACAGGACUUGA